AUGGCGACCACCUUUCCGAACCUUCGGUCAUCCCAUCUAGGUUCACGUAUUUUUGAUCCAGCGUCCCUUAUUCUCGGUGCUACAAGUCCUGUAGACCGAAAUUCCCCCGUUUUAUCGCCUCGUGUUGUUCCCGGUAGCUCCACUCAGAUUAGGAGAGAGAUUACCCGUCGACUCAAUCAGCUCAAUGAGGAGUUGCCUGAGAUUUUGACUUGUAUUGGAGCCUUGGAAGUUAUUGAUUGUUCACCUGAAGUUUUAUUCUCCCCCGAUUCCCCAGUGUUGGAAUAUUCUGGUUUUCCCCAUGACAUUUGUAUUUUUGAAGACAAAACGAAGAUUAUUGAAUCCGAGUUAGUCAAAUGGGAUAGAGUUAUCCACCAUCUUUCGUUGUCAGAUUGUAACGCUUCUUUGGCUGAAUUGGAGAUUCAGACCAAGUAUUUCAGAGAGAAAGAUUUGUUAAAUAAGCUUAGAGAGUUUCGAAGAGCUAUUUUUAUUGGUUUCAUCCAUUCUGAACGGCUGCAAUUGAUUGAGCCUAGUGUUGUGAACUCCCUAGAAACUUGUAUUGCGGGUAGUUUAUCACAGAAUUCUCGUGUAUUGUCCCCUCAGCCUCGGUUUCAACCCGAAUCCCAUCAGAUUUAUUCCGAUCCCCCUCAGAUUUCUCCCUACUUGAGUGAUUUCAGACCAACCGGUCAAGUUUUAGUUGAAAAUGAGAAUCGAUUUGUCCAUCCAUCUCAGGCUCCCGCUAGAAAUCCGUUUUUGAAUCGUCCAUUUCCUGUUCGUCCAUCCCCUCCAGAGAAUUCGUAUAGUGUUCCGUAUCAGAAACUUCCGAAGUUCGAUGAAAUUCCCUUGUUUAGUGGUGACCUCACUGCCUUCAAGCCAUUUUGGGAUUAUUUUGAGCCAAGAAUUCAUCUCGUUCCUGCCCCCGCCUAUGAGAAAAUGAUUCGGCUUCAGCAUGCUUUGAAAGGAGGUUCUGCCGCCUAUAUUGUUGAGAAUCGUGCUCGCACCCUUGAAGAUUAUGAGUCUGUUAUUACCAUCUUGACUACUCGAUAUCUUGAUCAGUCGAAAAUUGAAGAUUUCCUCGAAUUCGAAUUGUUGGCCAUUUCUCCUCCAAUUCAUGAUGAUUCUCGGUCGUUGCUCGAAUUUGCAGAUAAAAUUGAUACAUUCAAGUCUCGAUUCAGACAUAAUCGUAGUGAAAUUCCUAGAAACGUAGUCAAGAAGUUGUUCUAUAAGCUAGACACUGAGACUAGACGUCAUGCUACUUUGAGAAGUUCAGUCAAAGGAUAUGACUUGAACAAUGUAGAUGAUUUUCUCAAGUUUUUGUAUGAGUUGGCUGCGGAAACAGAGAAAUGGUUUUUCGCGCCAGGAAAGGAGAACGUGAAACCUCAGACUCGUUCCAAUCCCGUUGUCACUCCAAAGAAUCACUUUCGUAUUCAUGGUAGCGUAGAUACUCCUUCUGGUUGUCCUUUUUGUUCCGAAAAUCACAAGGCCAGUGAUUGUUCCAAGGUGAAAUCGUAUGAUGCUCGAAUGCAGUCGUUGAAAGUCCAAAGGAAAUGUUAUCGUUGUUUCGAUUCAAAUCAUUUGUCCUCAGCUUGUGAGAAAGAUUUUUCUUGUAGAAAGUGUGGAAAGAAUCACCAGACUUUCAUGUGCCCUCCUCGAAGAGAUCCUCCCGUUAUCAUUCCUAGUAAUUCAGUCCCAGUCGGCGACUCAGAGUCGAAUGCUUUGUGCUUUACUAUUGUGAGUAAAAGCGAGCCACCUCCAGUGUUUCCAAGCAAGGUCGGCACCAAAUUUUGUAUGCUAUCGGUUAACUGUCAGUGUUCUAAGUCCGUCCCUCCGAAUCCAGUGAAUUUGUUUGUGGAUUGCGGUUCGGACAUCAAUUUUAUGAAGAAAUCCGCUGUGAUCUCGGAUAUCCCCCUUGUAUUUGAUCGAAAUUUAACUGUUUCAAGUUUCCAUGGAUCAGUUAGAGUCAAGUCUUCUCGUUUGAAUGUUAUUUUUACUCCGAAUCAGAAUCAGAGAUUCAAAUUUGUUCCCGAUGUUCCCCCUAACCAAGUUGUUUUUCCUGUUCAUGUUGUAGAUGAUAGUUUCUUUGACCGUUUGAAAGGUUCUAAGUUCUCGAGAGAUGUCGAUGUUCUUCUUGGAGUUGACGCCAUGAUGGCACUCCAAUUUACGGUGACCGAGUCUCGAAGUGAUGCUGGUUAUCAGCUUGUAAAGACAAGCCUUGGAUAUUUUGAAGCUGGAGCUCGUUCUCCUUAUACUCAGUUGCACCCCACCAAUAUUGUUCCCCCUCCGGUGUGUCCAACCAGAAAGUGCGAUGGUACCGAUGGCAAGCAGAGAAGAUCAUGCCCGGCCCCGGAGAUCGCAUCAGGCCAGCUGAUGGAGAAGAGCAAGUGGCCCCCGGAGUGUCACGACUUCGCGUGCGAAUUUGCAUAUUCCCACGGAAUGACCGACAAAUUGCUAUAA